AUGAACUUAAGAUCGUGGUCUUCUAACAACUCCGAACUAAAAGCUAUCGCCACACGAGAAGGAGUCAUAGAUAGAGAUGAAGUAACCAAGGUACUAGGUAUGUGCUGGAAACCGGAAACAGAUUCCAUGGCAUACAGACAUCACAAGAUACCAAAGUUAGACUCUGUAACCAAGAGGGACAUUCUAAGAUAUUCAUCACGAAUUUAUGAUCCACUAGGUCUGUUAAGCCCGGUAACAGUAAGGGCAAAAUUACUUCUUCAGCAAUUAUGGAAAGAUAAGUUUGAUUGGGAUGUACCGUUACCACUAGAGGUGCAAGAUAAAUGGAACAAGCUGGCUGAAGAUCUGAACACAGUUACAGAUACAGAGUUUUCCAGACAGUACAUACGGCAGUCAAAGCAUAAACAGACCAUAAAUAAUUCAAGAACAAAAAGUACUCUCCAUGUAUUUGUCGAUUCCAGUCUCAAAUCAUAUGGAGCAGCAGUAUACAUAGUGAACGCAGAUGGAUCCAGAUUGGUGAUCGCGAAAAAUCGGGUAGCUCCCGUGAAACCCAUGACAUUACCACAGCUCGAACUUAUGGCCGCAGUAGUCGGCGCCAGAUUAGUUCAACACGUACAAGAAUCCUUGAACAUUUCCGACGUCAUCUGCUGGUCCGAUAGCCAGAUUGUGCUUCAUUGGUUAUCAACAUCUAAACCACUGAAACGGUUCGUGCAGAACAGAGUGAUAGAAAUACAAACACUUACUAAAAAUUACCCAUGGCACUAUUGUCCAACAUAUGAUAAUCCUUCAGACCUUCUAACUCGUGGUAUUCCUGCUGACCAGCUCUUACAGAACGACCUAUGGAACAGUGGGCCGUCAUGGAUACAAAACCAGUCCAACUGGCCUGUUUGGAAACCAACAGAGAAUGAAAUGCAGACGACAACAAAAACGCAGACGACAGUUUCGGAUAUCUCGUUGCCCUCCGAUGCCACAAAGAUGAGCGUAGUAUGCAGUAUAAAGUGUAGCACAAAUGAAGGCAUCCAUCAAGUAAUCAACAUAGAGAAAUACAGCAAAUACUUCAAACUGUUACGUGUAACUGCCUACUUAUUACGAUUCAUAAGUAAUUGCCGAAAUACACAGACAAAACUUACCGAUGAAUUAACGACAGCAGAAAUCGAAAGAGCAGAGAUAAGGUGGCUAAAAUGUUGCCAAGAAAGUACUUACCCAGAUGAGAUGUCCAGUUUGAAGUCCAAUACCACCAAAAGAUUACCACUUGUCAAACAAUUGCGUUUAUUCGUAGAUAAAAGCGGUAUUAUUCGUUGUGAAGGACGUAUACAUAACGCGCCAUUAUCCGACGUCACCAAAUUCCCCUAUUUGUUACCGAAGAGACAUCCACUUACACGCCUGAUUGUACUAGACACACAUGAGAACCAGUUACAUGCAGGAACGAACGCUACUGCUACCCAGUUAAGGCAGAAGUACUGGAUCCCAGCUACCAGGCAGUGCGUAAAAUCUAUCCUCAGGAAAUGUACAAUAUGCAGACGAGUACAAGGAAAGCCGUAUAGAGCGCCAGAUCCACCACCAUUACCAAAAGUAAGAGUAGAAGAGUCUCCACCUUUCACUGUGACUGGAGUUGAUUACACAGGUGCGUUAUACGUAAGAGACCAUUCCGGAAGCGUAAUAAAAGUAUAUAUAUGUUUAUUCACAUGUGCCAAUUCUCGAGCCUUACAUUUAGAGGUUGUACCAGACCUGUCCAAAGAGUCAUUCCUACUAGCCUUUAGGCGUUUCGUAAGCCGGAGAUCAGUUCCGAGGGUCAUGAUGUCAGACAAUGCUACAACGUUUACAAGUGCUUCAGAAAGCUUGAAACAUAUUUUCCAGUCAACUCAAGUCAGAGAAACAUUAAGCAGAAAAGGCACAGAAUGGAAAUUCAUUCCCAAACGAGCACCAUGGUAUGGAGGAUGGUGGGAGCGACUAAUAGGUCUCACAAAAAUAGCGCUGAAGAAAGUUGUAGGAUGCUCCCUUGUUACCAUGGAAACACUUCAAACGGUAGUUACGGAGAUCGAAGCCAUGCUGAACGACAGACCGUUAACUCAGAUGUCAUCAAGUGUCGAUGACAUGGACCCACUAACACCGUCACACCUUCUCUACGGCCGGAGACUGACGUCACUUCCGUAUAACACAACUACCUUAGACUUUGAAAAUUCAUCCAAAUUUGACGAACAUUCUGCGGUUACAAAACAGGCAAAAUUACAAUCAAAGCUCCUUGACCAUUUCUGGAAACGGUGGAGAAUGGAGUACUUAACAGCAUUACGUGAAUCUCACCGUAAAUCAGGAACGAAUGAACAGAUGAUAGCCGUGGGUGACGUAGUACAAAUCCACGAUGAAUGUCCACGGAACCAAUGGAAACUAGGCGUUGUUGAGCAGUUAAUUACCGGAAGAGACGAUCGUACCCGAGCUGCUACAAUUAGAACUGCGAACGGAACUACAACCAGACCAAUAGUGAAAUUAUACCCACUAGAAUGUGUGAACUAUAGAAACACUUAA